AUGCCUCAACCAGAGAUGCUUGCUCUUUCACAUAAGAAGAGCCCAAUAUCAGAAGCCCUGGUAUGGAACCAAGCAACUGUUCCCAAUCCAGACCUGCCUGCACCUACCGACAUGGGAUGGACGGUGGCAGAUGACACUCUUGAGCCAGUUCUUAUUAUCCGUGACCCGAUUCCUCAAGCGUGUAUGGAGAGUGAGCAGGAGGAUGAAAUAAAAUGGUGUCAGUGUUGUGCUGAUCCGGCUUGCGAUCUUUGUCACAGUGACGAUCAGAAACAGUUAAUCAAGAAAAUAAAAGAUGAACGAGAAUUUUUGAAAUAUGAGUCAAAGAGAUUAAAAGAAGAAAAUGAACAACUUACACGAGAAAACGAUUCAUUCAGAGAAGAUCUCGAAAAAAUCCAAAUAUUGCUCACGGACAAAAAGGACGAAGUAUCACGUCUACAAUCAAAUGUCGAACGUCUUGAUUUAGAAAAACAAAGUUUCAUCAUAAUUCAAGAUGAAAGAGAUUCUUGGAUCAAAACGUCGAUGCAAUUAAAGAAAGAUCUCGAAAAUGCAAAGACAUUGCACAAUGACGAAGUAUCACAACUUAAAUCAAAUAUGGAAUCAGAAAAACAAAGUUUCAUCAUAAUUCAAGAUGAAAGAGAUUCUUGGAUCAAAACGUCGAUGCAAUUAAGGCAAGAUCUCGAAAAUGCAAAGACAUUGCACAAUGACGAAGUAUCACAACUUAAAUCAAAUGUGGAAUCAGAAAAACAACGUUUCAUGAAAAUUCAAGACGAAAUAGAAUCAUGGAUAAAUAUGACAAAGGAAUUAAGAGAGGAAAACGACCAACUAAAAGAAGAUCUCAAAUGUACACAGGAACAACUAAAAUCAAAUGUCGAUCGUCUUGAAUCAGAAAAACAA